AUGGACGAAUUUGUUUGUCAACUUGAGAAGGAAGCAUACUAUUAUGUCUUGCGUGCUUUCAGAAUUCAAUCCAAAGAUCUUUCAUGGGAAAAGGAAGCAGUGCUAACUAAUCUUAGGGAAGAACUGAGGAUAUCAAAUGAUGUUCACAGAGAGCUUCUUCGCACGCUUACUUCUGAUGAAACUCUUAAUCAUUUAAAUAAUUUCAACAGAACGGAACCUCCACGUAACAUGUACAAGUGA